AUGACACAGCUGAAGAAACCACCGGCUUUGGAGGACAUUGCAGACUCGAGAUGCGUUCAAAUGUUCGUAUUUGAGGCUGAGCGAUGUUGGGCUUAUGCUAUGCAACUGAAGCAGGAGGUGGGUAACGAUACCCGAAAACGUUUCCACUUAAACAGGAAGCUGAAAAAGUUCGAGUGCCAGCAUUGGCCGCAGGCGAUCGAAAGCUUCACUACUUUAAAGACAAUAUACGAAAAGCUAUCUGCUGUAACGGAAUCAGCCAAAAUGUCCAACUUGUAUCAGCAGCGAUGCCAGGAAGUGGUUCCACAACUUCGCUAUUGUGCGUUCAACAUCGGGGACGAAUCUGCUCUUUCCGAACUGAUGGAGAUGAGGAUGAAGAUCAUUGAGGAGCAGGAAAAUCCUCUUCUGAGUGAUUUGGACAGACUGCUCACAGAAUGUCGCCAGAAACAGUCUGUAGUUGAAAUGGAAACUGUUUGGUGUAGACGGAAGAUUGUUCUCGAAAAGCCUCCUCAGACGAAAAGCUUCUGCAUCAUUCUACAACAGUUUCCUGAACAGGUUUCUUCGACUCUCAGCAUUCCAGCGAAGAACCUGAACAUAAGAUCGCUCGCUGAUGAAGGCGAGGAAAAUUUCACGAACACGCAGUUGGUUUACUUGUACUUGGUUUACUUGCGGCUUACAAAGACGAUUGAGCUCUACUGGCUUAUGGUGCAGGACAUGAAGCAGAAAGGGUCGAAGGCACAGGAUCUGGUCCGUUUGUGUGAUUCAGUUUUGCAGACGUUCUCUGAAUUGCAGUCGCUGCCUCUGCUUGCUGAAGACUCCAGCUUAGUCGCUCAGGUUAAUCAUCAGAUACUAUAUGUAAAGGCCUACAGGUAAAU